UCAAAGGUUUCCAGCCUCAUACUCGCCUUACAUUCCCCCACAGUCACACCGAGCUCUGUGAUUCUGAGGAAUACCGUGUAGCCAGCUUCCGAUUCACAGUCUCCUUUUACCUGCAGGUGUUCCAGAAACUUCAAAAUGCGUCUGGAAGAAAUGAAAAGAUUGCAGAAUCCUUUAGAACAAGUUAAUGAUGGAAAAUAUUUACUUGAAAAUCACCAGCUGACCAUGGAUAUGGAGAAUAAUAUUGAAAAGUAUCCCCUCAAUCUGCAGCCCCUGGAAUCAAAGGUGAAAAUCAUUCAGCGAGCCUGGCGUGAGUACCUGCAGCGGCAGGACCCUCUGGAGAAGAGGAGCCCAUCCCCGCCCUCUGUGUCCUCAGAGAAGCUGAGCAGCUCUGUCAGCAUGAACACCUUCUCGGACAGCAGCACACCUUAAGAAAAGGAAGGCAACACUGAGGACAGCAGAACAAAAAGAACCUGGAAAGAACCAGUUGUUUACUGGCAUUUUUCAGCUGCUAUUCUA